AUGUCGGAAAUGAUAAAGAAUCUAAGAGUAAUGAGAAAAGCUCAGACUGAGGUGAGACAAGUUUUUAGUAGAAAAGGAUUAGUUGACGAAUCUGUGCUGAGUGAGAUGAAAUAUUUAAAAUAUGUUGUUAACGAGACACUGAGGUUACAGCCUUCCGCUACUUUAUUAAUUCCAAGAGAAUGUACAGAGAAAUGUGAGAUUAAAGGUUAUGAGAUACCGGUAAAAACCAAAGUCAUAGUUAAUACAUGGGCAAUGGGAAGAGACCCUAAAUAUUGGACUGAACCCGAUAGGUUUAUACCAGAGAGGUUUCUUGAUAGCUCUAUUGACUUCAAAGGAGCAAAUUUUGAGUAUAUACCAGUUGGGGCUGGAAGGAGAAUUUGCCCAGGAAAGUUGUUCAGUCUGAGUAAUGUUGAGAUUUUUCUUGCAAUGUUGCUUUACCAUUUUGAUCGGAAACAUCCCAAUGGAUUAAAACAUGAAGACUUGGGCAUGACUGAGUUGUUUGGUGUGACGGUUAGAAGCAAAGAUGAUUUGUACUUGAUUCCCAUCGCUUAUGAUCUGUCACCUAUUGGAAAAAUCACUAGGAACACGAAGUAA